AUGAAGGCCACCUACUUAUUAUUAGCAUUCGCUCCCUUCGUAUUUGCUGCUGAUUCCAGUGUGCCUGAGAUCCAAGACGGUUUUGAGCAAGUUACUUGCGGAAGUACAUUGAAAUUGACCAACAAGGCCAACAACUACAAAUUGCACUCACAUGGCGUGACAUAUGGCAGUGGUUCUGGUCAGCAAUCAGUUACGGGCUUCCCAAAUGCGGAUGAUGGCAACAGUUUCUGGAUAGUGGAAGCAGCAUCUGGAAAAGCGUGCAGUCGCGGUGAGCCCAUUCCUUGUGGAUCAGCAAUUCGAUUAAAGCAUGCCAAUACGCAAGGCUACCUUCAUAGUCAUUUGCACCAAUCGCCUCUCUCUAGACAGCAAGAAGUGAGUUGCUACGAUGGAAAGGAUUCUGGAGAUAACUGGAAAGUAGAGUGUCUGAAUUCAGGGGAUAAGAUGUGGCAUCGUGAACAACCCGUGCAAUUUGUUCACGAAGACACCUAUGCUUAUUUGAGCAGCAAUAGCAACCACCAAUUUGGACAGCCCAUUCCUGGUCAAUUGGAAGUCGCUGCUUCCAGAAGUGCAUCCAAGAACACGCAAUGGAUGGCUCAGGAAGGAAUUUAUUUUGCUGCUGCUAGUACAUCAAAGUAA